UAGUUUAUAGGCGUGUCCCAACAUGGCGCGGCGUUGUAUGAGGUUGGUGGAGUACGGGAAGCCCUUCCAGCUAGCGAAAGAAGAGGUGCCCACUGCACCCAAGGGCGGAGCUGUCGUCAAGACGGAGUAUGCCGGAGUGUGCCACUCAGACCUCCACAGUCUGGACGGAGACUUCCGCCUGCUCGUGCCUAUGCAGACUGUUCUCGGGCAUGAGAUAGCUGGUACGGUGCACGACAUUGACUCAGGGACAGAUUUCAAGGUAGGAGACCGUGUGGCCGUGUACUGGCACGGUGGAUGUGGGGACUGCAGCAGGUGUCAGGUGGGAGAAACUACUGCCUGUCUCAAGAACGUCAAACACUGGGCUGGGAUAAACGAAGAUGGCGGUUUCUCGGAUUACGUCACCAUCCCUGACGCCAGACUGUUGGUGAAGGUGCCUGACACGGUUUCCAUGGAUACGGCGUGCCUCCUCCCCUGUUCCGGACUGACCGCCUACAACGCCGUGUGUACGAUCAUGCCGACUGUUCAGGACUUCGUCAAGCAUAACGCGGACUGUGCAGUACUGCUGGUGGGCGCUGGGGGGCUCGGCCUGUGGGGUGUCCAGUUCGCCAAACAGCUACUUCCAGCUGGAGUUCGCGUCAUCAGUGCAGACGUGGACGACGAGAAGCUGGCUGCAGCCAGAGAAGCCGGGUGUGACGACGUUCUUUUGUGGGGAAAAGAUGUUGAUGACGCCGCCGCUGUGGCAGCAGCCCAGAAAGUAUGCGGGAGUCUGGGUGCUGCUGUGGCCGCCAUCGACUUCGUCAACGUGCCUGCUACAUUCGGACGUGUAGAGAAGAUUUUAGCUCAGGGCGGCAUGCAUGUUGUGGUGGGUUUGCUGGGAGUCGGUGCCUCUGGCUCCGUCCCUCUGAUGCCGUACGUGCUGAGUCGUCACCAGAUGGCCGGGGUGCUCAUGGGAUCUCUGCCGCAGCUCAAGGACCUCAUGGCCCUCAUGGCGAAGGGGAAGGUGAAGCCACCGCCGAUUUCCCAUCAUCCCCUGGAGAAAGUCUUUGACGUCAUGCAGGACCUGAAGGCUGGAAAGGUCAAAGGUCGUGCGGUUGUGAAGCUGUCAGCAUCGAUGUGACGCUGAGAACCAUGGGAACUCUUGGAUGAAUAAUAAAAUCUCUUUCCAACCAACUGUACACCUUGCAAGCUUGAUGUUCUUUUCGACCAAAAACCAGUACAGCCUGGAUACAUAAUGCUAGCAGCACUCGUAAAUAUGGAUGUAUAUUUCUGCAGGUUCUUCGUUUUCUAGGGACGCCAUAAGCGAACUCUAAAAACAAAUCACGAAAUAUACGAUUUUCUUUAUAGUUUAUUGACUCAUAAUUGCUUUAUUCAUUUAUACCUAACAUCUGUAGACACAAAACAUGCAUAUGCCCCUGCUAGGUACCUAUUCGGAUCCUAGUCUUUUUAGUACGCUCAACAUUGCUGAUAAAUUUCAUUAGUGCAAAUCAUAUUUUACUGUCCUUGACCAUCAAUGUCAUU